CAAGAUUCAUGACAGAAGCCCCAUUUUGGUCAAUACGUCCCACUGCCUAUAGCUUGCUAGCCAUAGGUGAAAUCUUUCUUGGUGAUUUGUUCUCAAGCUGGAGAGAGGGUUUCAUAUGAAUUUUGUCUCAUCUGGAGCAGCCCCAAAGAUCAUAAUGAAGAAGGAAGGUGCCCGAUAACCCAUAAAGCCAGAAAGUUGCCCAGCGGUCAGGUGACGACUUUGCAUGAAGACUGCUUGCUGCUCCAUCUCUGCCUUUUGGAGCAGAACCUCCAGGCUUGGUGGCCCCAGGCCAACUCUUGGGCCAACUCCAGAAGAGCCUGGCUCCUUUCAGAGCACCAGGGCCCAGAGGACCAGUUUCCUCACGGCUCCAUCAACACUCCCCUGCUGCUUUUUUUAUAAUGUGGCAGGUGAGGCGUCUCAGACCCAUAAAACUUAAAAAAAAAACAACCCAGAGCUCAGCUACCCCUUUUUUCUUGCUCAGGAUCUGAAAAAUCCAUUUGUUCCUGACCUGAGAAUCUUUUACCUUCUGCUGUGGAAAAGCUUCAGGGAGGGUGCGUGGAUUCCUGGCAGCCAAGCUGUGGGCUGAACCGCAGAGCAACUUCGCGUGUCCAGUGAGGAUAGCUCAGCUGUUGAGCGGUCACAUGUAGAGGGAAGGCGGAGGGAUGGUGUGGAGAAGGCAAAUAUUUCUUUAAGUAGUGAAUGAGUCCACUCCCUGCUGGAAUCUAAAUCUGGCCCCGGCAAGAGAAGCCUGGGAGCGCAUCUCCUCUAAUUGCUUUUUUAAAAUGAGUGCUUGAUGAAACGCAAGCAUCCACUGGAAGGCACAGGAGAUGUUGUUGCUCAUCGGCAUGGGACGCAUGUUGGAGGAUGUGAAGCCAAACAUCAGGCCAAGUGAUAACCCAACAUAAAUAGCAUGUGAGAGAGAAACCCAACUCCACUGACUUCACCAAAGAGCAGCAGCUCUGCCAGCAGGAUUCUGCCCAAGAGGAAAAACUCAUUUAAAAUAUGUGACUCUUGGGAAUGAAACCUUAAUACGGAUAACUCCACAAGUGUGGCUUCCAACAGACAUUAGCGUGUGGAGGGGACCAACAUAAAGGCAACGGGGGAAGAAUACACCGUCAUUAAUGAAGCUUGCCCCGGAGCCGAGUGGAAUAUCAUGUGUCGCGAGUGCUGUGAAUAUGACCAGAUUGAAUGCGUCUGCCCCGGAAAGAAGGAAAUCGUGGGUUACACCAUCCCUUGCUGCAGGAACGAGGACAAUGAGUGUGACUCCUGCCUGAUUCACCCAGGCUGCACCAUCUUUGAAAACUGCAAGACCUGCCGAAACGGCUCGUGGGGGGGCACCCUGGAUGACUUCUACGUGAAGGGGAUCUACUGCGCCGAGUGCCGGGCUGGCUGGCACGGAGGUGACUGCAUGAAAUGUGGCCAGGUUCUGCGAGCCUCGAAGGGUCAGAUUUUUUUGGAGAGCUACCCCCUAAAUGCUCACUGCGAAUGGACCAUUCAUGCCAAGCCUGGGUUUAUCAUCCAGCUAAGGUUUGUCAUGCUGAGCCUGGAGUUUGACUACAUGUGCCAGUAUGACUAUGUUGAGGUCCGUGAUGGGGACCACAGCGACGGCCAGAUCAUCAAGCGCUUCUGUGGCAACGAGCGGCCGGCUCCCAUCAGAAGCACGCGCUCCUCGCUCCAUGUGCUCUUCCAUUCGGAUGGCUCCAAGAACUUCGACGGCUUCCACGCCAUUUUUGAGGAGAUCACAGCAUGCACCUCGUCCCCUUGUUUCCAUGAUGGCACUUGCCUCCUUGACCAAACCGGCUCUUACCGGUGCGCCUGCCUGGCGGGCUACACUGGGCUGCGCUGUGAAAAUCUCAUUGAAGAAAGAAACUGCUCAGACCCUGGGGGCCCAGUCAAUGGGUACAAGAAAAUAGCAGGUGGCCCUGGGCUCAUCGAUGGGCACCAUGCAAAAAUUGGCACUGUCGUCUCCUUCUUCUGCAACAGCUCCUAUGUUCUUAGCGGCAAUGAGAACAGAACCUGCCAGCAGAAUGGAGAGUGGUCGGGGAAGCAGCCCAUCUGCAUAAAAGCCUGCCGAGAACCGAAGAUCUCAGACCUGGUGAGACGGAGAGUUCUUCCAAUGCAGGUCCAGUCAAGGGAGACCCCACUGCACCAGCUGUACUCCUCGGCCUUCAGCAAGCAGAAGCUGCAGGGCGCCCCGACCAAGAAGCCCGCGCUGCCCUUUGGAGAGCUGCCCGCUGGGUACCAGCAUCUGCACACCCAGCUGCAGUAUGAGUGCAUCUCGCCCUUCUACCGCCGCCUGGGCAGCAGCCGCAGGACCUGUCUGAGAACCGGGAAGUGGAGUGGGCGCGCCCCGUCCUGCGUCCCGAUCUGUGGAAAAGCUGAGAACGUCACUGCUCCAAAGACCCAGGGGCUGCGCUGGCCAUGGCAGGUGGCCAUCUACAGGAGGGUCAGUGGGGUGCAUGGUGGCAGCCUGCACAAGGACGAAUGGUUCCUGGUCUGCAGCGGAGCCCUGGUGAAUGAGCGGACCGUGGUGGUGGCUGCCCACUGCGUGACUGACCUGGGGAAGGUCACCAUGGUCAAGACGGCAGACCUCAAAGUCGUCCUGGGGAAAUUCUACCGGGAUGACGACCGCGAUGAGAAGACCAUCCAGAGCUUGCGGAUUUCUGCAAUCAUUCUGCACCCCAACUACGACCCCAUCCUGCUGGACGCUGACAUCGCCAUCCUGAAGCUCCUGGACAAGGCCCGCAUGAGCACCCGCGUCCAGCCCAUCUGCCUCGCGGCCACGCGGGACCUCAGCACCGCCUUCCAGGAGUCCCGCAUCACCGUGGCCGGCUGGAACGUCCUGGCAGACGCGAGGAGCCCCGGCUUCAAGAAGGACAUGCUGCGCUCAGGGGUGUUCAGGGUGCUGGACUCGCUGAUGUGUGAGGAGCAGCAUGAAGAACACGGCAUCCCAGUGAGUGUCACGGACAACAUGUUCUGUGCCAGCGGGGACCCCGCCAGCCCCUCCGACAUCUGCACGGCAGAGACGGGGGGCAUCGCGGCUGUGUCCUUCCCGGGACAGGCGUCCCCUGAGCCCCGCUGGCAUCUGGUGGGGCUGGUUAGCUGGAGCUAUGACAAAACAUGCAGCCACAGCCUCUCCACGGCCUUCACCAAGGUGCUACCUUUUAAGGACUGGAUCGAGAGAAACAUGAAAUGAGCCUCGGCCCACUGCGGAGCUCGUCUGCACGUCCGUCGGUGCGUGCGUGUUGCGUGAGGCAGUGUGGACCUGAGGUGUGAUUCUGCCCUUGAAUUUGGCUGAGCCUGGGAGUCUGAUUUCAAGGAGAGAACUAGUGGAGGGUGAGCAGAGCUCACUUUCUGGUAGGCCCCUGCCUCCCUGACUGCUCAGACUUUUUAGAAGACACCUACUUGCAAGAACUGAGUUUCUUCUAAAAAGACUAGUUGAACAGCAAAGUAAACGUCCCCAUUAGACCGACCUGGGGGCCUUCCCCACUUGCCCUUCAACGGUGCAAAUGUCAGGGUCAGCUCUGGUUGAGAGAGGGUUGACCAGGAGGCCUGGGCUUCAUGGGGUCCCUUCCAAGGCUCCAGCCAGACCAAGUUCCAAAGAGCUGCCUACGGGACAGCCCAGGAGAGGGGAGCCUGGGUGUGAUGUUGAUGUUGACUUGUAUGUGGUCCUGUUCCUUCCCGAACCCCUAUACACAUUUUAAUAAAACACAGGUUGGCUUCUGACCUACAGAACAAA